AUGCCGAGAAAAAGGCGGAUUGUGAUUAUAUUACUGAUAUGUGUUUCUGCAGACUGUAUUCUGGAGAACAAAAGAAAAACAUUAUAUAUGACUGCACAUACUGGAGGGUCAGUACUGCUGCCCUGCUACUGCACUGACCUACACACUAUUCCUCCAAGAUUCACCUGGAAGAAAUACAACACAGACACAUGGGAAGACAUAUCCAGUGAGAGUGGUCAGUACAGAGACAGAGUUCAGCUGGUUAAUGGUCACUCUCCAAGAAAUCUCUCUCUACUCCUAUCACACCUGACUGAAGAGGAUGGAGGACUGUAUAUGUGCAAAGUUAAAGGGGGUGGAUACUUAGACAUCACACUCACUCUUGAAGGCUGCACUCUUAAAAACAGCGGAAGAACACUGGACAUCACAGCAUAUACAGGAGGGUCAGUUCUGCUGCCCUGCUACUGCACUGACCUACAUAACAAACCUAAGAGAUUCACCUGGAAGAAAUACAACUCAACCAGACACAAAUGGGAAGAGAUAUCCAGUGAGAGUGAUCAGUACAGAAACAGAGUUCAGCUGGUUAAUGGUCACUCUCCAGGAAAUCUCUCUCUACUCAUAUCACACCUGACUGAAGAGGAUGAGGGAGUGCACAGGUGUGAUGUUAAUGAGAGUGGAUACACAGACAUCAGACUCAUUGUCAAAGGUAACCCUCCACAGUCUCUGCCCUUCGUCCCCUUUGCCUUGGUGACUGUGAUCUUUCUCCACAUUAUAGUAGCUGUGGUUUAUCACACCAAGAGAAACAAAGAUCCUGCCAGAGGUCACUACAGCACUGCUGAUGGAGGUGGAGUGGUCAGUCUGGAGUAG